AUGUCCGUCGAAGACGACCCCAUGCAGAGCCUGGUGGCGCUCUCCACUGACGCCUCGGCUAACAUCAAUGAGGACAUUACUUGGGUGUCCGAAUACCUGGAAGGAUCACCAAAAAGGGCGCUGGAAUCGGUGUUUUCCAACUUCAGAGGGUCCACCGAUGGAGGAUCCACCAUCAUGAAUGCCUUUAACAUCUUGAAACAAGGUACUGCCGAUGACGAUGAAAGAGCAGCCACAGCUUUCUCGCCGUUGGGUCCCAACUCGAUAUUUGAGUUAACAGUUGCGUCGGAUGCCGCACGAAUCAGACUGAAUCGACGUCUCAAGGACCACGUCACACUCAACGGCGGGGCAACCACCAUUUACAGCUUGACCAAACCUACAAAUAAGGAUAUUCCCCAGAUCCAACUCCAUUCGCUCAAAAACAAGGUUGCCAACGCACAAUUGACCUCCGAUUUGAUCUCCAAUGUCCAAUCUGACUAUAAAGGAUUUGAGCUGAGCUACAAGACCUUGACAGAGGAAGUACUACAGAAGUUCUCCGAGCAGCAGGACCAUUCUCGGGACAGCGACUCGGAGUUUGCUGAUGUUUCGGAUGAUGAAGCGCCCCUGAUUCCAAGCGUAUUUCAGGAUUCCGAAUUUCGCCUAGACGAUCCGAGAACGUUCCGUCAGGUCAUGGAGAACUCCAAGGUUCUUCCAGACCCAGAGUCUAGUGACUCAACGCAUAUAAUUCACAACACUGAAGUCCAAGACAAAAUUUCUAAAUACUUGGAUGCAGUGGAGAUCCAACUUAUCCACGAGAUCUCAAAGACAUCAGACUCAUUUUUCAGCACAUUAGGAGAUAUACAGACCAUAAAGGCACAAUCAUCGGAUUGCUUAGACCAAUUUCAUGGCAUUAUGGAGAAAAUGAAUGAACUUGAAGAGGGACAAGCUCAAAAGGGAUUGAACAUUUUGGAUUUACUAGAUGAGCGCAGAAGUGUCAAUCAUCUUGAAAGUUCUGUGCUACAGAUCAAGUCAGUCAUUUCGAAUUUUGGAAGAGCCAGCGAUUUAUUCAAAGAGGGAAAGAAUAGCGACUGUCUUAAUCAGAUCGUGGUAAUAGAAAACCUCAUACAAGGUGUUGAUCGUGAAAUCUACUCCGAUCCGGAAACAUUUGCAAUUUACCCAAAAUUUGACUAUCCUUUAGUCCCCCUUGCAAGUUUGCCUGCCCUCAGAGGAGUGAUCCGUGAUUUGCAACGACUCAAGCAGUCUUGUAGCCAAGGAUACAUCAAGAACUUUGUCGACUUGCUUCUUGAGAAUCUCAGAUCUCAUUACACAUCCACUUCAGCGAGGGAUACCAUGAAUCGCAUUUAUGUCUCUAUUGACAGAACCCGAAAGUACAACUCCAAUCCAGUUUCGAGGCUGUAUAACGAAAUCGACCCUGACGUCAAAAGAAACUUACAAGAGUUCAUUAAUAACUUGUCAAAGUCCGGACAACUUGUUCAAGCCUUUGAGGAGUACCAGGAUAAAAUUAUUGCAGAGGUCAAGUCUAUCAUUAGAAACGGUUUGCCUGACAGCAACAAAGAGUCGGUGUUGGAAAUCAACUCCAACGAUUCCUCAAGAGCAUCAUCUUACCCACCUGGAGCGGCGCCAAAUGAAUCGACUCCAAUGGCAGGAAGCAACGGGGUUACAUUGUCCUCUAACAUCAAAAGCUUGACUGCCAGAGAAUUCAACGAAAUGAUGAAGAACAUCUACGCGAACUUAUCGGAAUGUUUAAGAAGAUUGACCAUACAUCAGAAGGUUCUUUUGGACUUGUCUCUUACGUCUCUCUCUCCUGAAUCCUCGCAAGAGAUGGAUGUGAUGGCACUAGACAUCACCAAUGCCAUCAACAAGGCCAUCGAAAUCACACAAGUGAGGUUAGUCAAAGUAUUAAACGUUCGUCUGGAACAGCUAGGAGAUGCACUGGUUGAGGAGUAUUUGUACUUGUACCUGAUUUCAUCUGCAUACUUACUGGAGUGUGAGUUUAUCAACCCAGUAUUCGUCGCAACAGGGCCUGGAAGCUCUCUCACUGAAUGGGUAAAGAAUCAUAUUGCAUACUUCUUGCACAAAUUCCACUCGAAUUCCAUUAAAAGAUUCGCAAGUUUUUGCGACAAAGAAACUUGGAGGGAAUGCACUUCACAGGAGAAUAUCCAAUCAACUCAAGGUAUUGUGGAUGAAUUGAUUGGCUACUCACAAUAUUUUGCAAGUGGGGGCAAAGAGGGUAUUGAUGGAAGCAAGUGGUUGGAGUUGCUUGACUUCUACGACGAUGGAAGCUCUAAGGAUUCCAGAGAGAAGAUUCCUUCUUUGCCAGACAUUACUGAGAUUCCAAAGCUAAGGGUGAAAGAUUCAAGCUUCUUGAUACCUCCUUUGGUGAUUAAAGUUGUCCAGAAUACUAGAGAUUACAUUAUCGCAUCUAAAAUAUUUGCGUUCCGGGCGGGUCAGAUUGAGUCAAAUUUGCUAACCUACUUUAAAGUUGUGAAUUCCAGAAUCUCUCAAUCAAUUUUGAAUGCUGGUGCAACUAGAACAGCUGGAUUAAAGCAUAUUACCACUAAACAUUUGGCAUUAUGCAUUCAGACUAUAGAGUUCUUCAUUUCAUUCUUGGAGCAGAUCCAAUUUGCGUUCAAAAACCAAACGGUUGAUCCCAACCAGAAUCCUGGAGGAGAAGAACAGUCUUUUAUGGGAACCAUUAGUCAUUACAGAGAUCACGAAAAAGAAUUGUUCUCGAAAUUGGUUUCGAUUAUGCACGAUCGAACUUUGAACCAUUGCACGGCGGUAAAGCAACUUGACCUCUCAAAGCCACUAAAGCACCCACAACAAUGUCAUCCAUACAUGGAGACUUUGGUCAAAGAAACAAUCACUGUCGCCAAAGUGCUUGGGAAGUAUUUACACGAGAGAGAAUGCUCAGCGAUUCUUCUGCAAAUUUUUGACAACUAUAAGAAAUUGUUAGUUAACUGCUUUUGCACUGAGCUUCCACAACUCAAAGAUUUCAAUGAGAAGCAUUCCAUAUUGAAGGAUAUUGACUACUUCAGAGUCAAACUCUCUGAAAUUCCUGGGUAUGGCAACACUGGUCAAGUUAUCUGGGAAAAUGUGAACUCACUCCCCACGAUUGAGGAUUCAAGAAUGGAGCAGAUAAUGAGGAAUAAUAUCGAAGGAGAGAGAGCGGCAGCAGCAGUCAAUGAAGUCCCACCUGAAAAGAAGAGUGCAUCACCAGAAAUCAAAACCCCAACUGCACCCGAGGAGAACACAGAAGGAGAAGUGUUGUUCAAGCAAGAGGAGGAGACAGAGAAUUCUAAGCAGGGACCCGAAGUCUCCGAGACAGAAAUAACAACAGAUGUGCCAUUGACAGAAAAUCAGGAAUCCGAAACUUCAGCAGAAGAAGGUAAAGGACUAGAGCUUGGCGAACCUCCAGUCGAUUAUAACGAGAAAACCAAAGGUGAGGUAGUAUCUGGAUCUUCACAACAAGAUAAUUUAGUGGAGUCAGUUUCAACCUCGAAUGAUAAGAGAGAGUCAUUCUCAAACGAAGUCGAAAAAAAAUCGACAUUCGAGGGCGAGACAGAGGAUAGGAACGAAGACAAAUGA